AUAAAGUCCAGACCGAAGAACAACUUGGGGAAUGGAAUACGAUCCUUUUGGAUUGUUCCUUCCGGCUGAUGGACUAUUUAAUUAAAUUAGAAACCACCAACUUUGAUGAAACUAAUUCUAAACUGCAAAAUGAAAUCACAAAAAUAAAAAACUUUAAAUCUGACAACCUGUAUGUCCCAAUGGAAAACAAACUACAGCAAAACAUUACUAAUUACAGACAACACCUAAAGAUAAAAAAACACAAUAAAUUCCAAAGAGAUUUUAAAGAUUUCAAUAGCGGCGAGAUCUUUAGGCAAAAGAGAAAGUAUAACAGGAGACCCAACAGUUAUAGAGGGUCAUCCUCGGGUGAGACUGACUGGUCUGACCAAGACCAACCUCGGAGACCCAGACGUAACAAUAAAAGCUCCGACAGGAAAAGGGACCCCAGCGUCCCACCUUAUCAAAAUAAAAGCAUUCUCAGAGGUACUGCCAAAUCUGUAUCCUUCCUUGACAUUCCGAUAUCCCUCGAAACUAUUAACCCCACCACCCCGUCCACCACAUCCUCGGCCACUUUUUUAGAGCAGGACUCUCCCCGCCAGCAACGGGGGAGACUCAGGGACAGGGAACGUUGGGCAUACAAAAUACAGAAUCGAACACAAAGGACAUGA